AUCGUCAUUUUACACAGUCGAAAGCCCAAAACCCUUUCUUCAGUCUUCCUUCCACCUGCAUCGCUUUCUUCUGCAAUUCUCGCCGGAGAGCUCCCAUCUACCUGUUGGCUGUUUUAGGCUGAGAAGAGGAUGUUGAAGUUCCUAUCAAAAGUAAAGAUCGAGUUCAACACAUUGGAUCCAAGACUCGCCUCUUGCGUCGAGUUUUUGGCUCAGUGCAACGCGAGGAAGGCCAAGGAGUCGAACCCUAACUGCCAGGUUCUGGUGAAACGCAGAACCGACGAUCAGCCACCGCAGAUCAGCGUCACGUUCGUUAAUGGUGUCGAGGAAGCUUUCGAUGCGGCUGCCACGUCGGCUCAGUCCAUCAGGAAGAUGAUUCUCGAUAAAGGGCAGUACCUCGAGACGGAGCAGAUGUUCCGCGAAGCCGGGGAGCAGUGGCCUGUCAUCAUCCCCGAGGAAGAGAUUCACCAAGAAGCUCCUGGUGUUAAGCCGAGGAAAGCAGAAGACAAGAAGCAAUGAUAUGCUCGCUUGAUUUGGGUUUGCUCUUGUUCAGUUUGGGGUAUGUAUAACUCUUGAUAUGUGUCUUGGGUUUCAGGUUGGGACAGAUAAAUUUGUAUUGUUUUCUUAUUUAUGUGAACUUUUGAUCAGAAACCCUGAAGUUUAAUUCAUGUCUUUCUUUUCUCAAUAAGAGGUUGGUGAGGCUUGUUUUGCAAGAUGAGCCAACAUACUGGUGUGAUUUUAGGAAUAAACUUAAAGCAGAUAGAAGGAAGUAUAGCAGAUAAGGCUUUGAAUACCUAUACAUGUCCUUGGGAUACUCUGUUUGAUGUUUCGGAUUAGAGCUUUUGCAUCUGACCUGAUACAUAUAUUGUUUAAGCGUUGUUCUUGAGCUUGAAAGAGAGAAUUCAUGUUUGUCAA